ACCUCCCGGAAAUUUAAAACGAAAGUAGGAAGAUUCAUGGCGUUCACACAUUUCUAAAUAUAAUUCUUAAAGGAGAUGGGUAUUGUACACAAUAUCAUUAUAACAGUUGCUCCAGUUGUUGUUGGAGUAGGGAUCGGAUGGUUCAUCAGUAGAAAAGGUUCAUUGGUUUCCACAUUGGUUUCCAAAUCCAAUAAUAAUAAUGGAACACCAGAUGACCAACAAGGUCAGGAAAAUGCAGAAACUUCUGUAAAAACAUCUUCCCAAAAACCCCAUAGCCUACAGACUAACCCUGACUCGGCUUGUGGGAACGCACGUUUACCCAACAGUAAGCAACCCAACGCCACACGUCAACAGUCACACAGACAAACUGCCUACCCAGAAGGAAACACUACUGUUCUUUAUGAAAGAGAUGACAAUGGAAAUAUUGGGACACAAGAUAUUGAAGUAGACAGUGGUCCUAUUACUAGUAACCUGAGCCUUAUGGAGGAUGCUGUACCAGCAACACCAAUAGCUUGUAUUCCACCACAUAUUGAAACACAUGAUGCUAUUCUACUGUAUGCUGAAGAAGACAGGCCACUUGUCAAACAUAUACAACAACAACUGGUAUCAAAUUUGGGCACAGAUAUAAAUGAUCUCAAUAUUAUCUUAUAUGAGGAAUUUGCUCCAGAUGUGCAGUCCCAUUUUAAAACAAUGGAGCAUCUGUUUUGUAGAUGUAGAUUCUUGUUCGUUGUGGUAACCUCCAAUUUCAGAAAAGACAGUCUAACUAGAUACCAACACGAAAUAGCUUUAACUGACUCCAUUAAAAAUUCAUCUAGGAAUGAACGGGUUAUCCCUGUGUGGGCUGAGGCAGGAGCCCAGAAUUUUUUGCAUGAACUUUCUGUACUUAAAGGCAUUGAUUAUUCACGAGAAGAAGUUGACUUCCGGAUGUUCAAAGCUGUCUUUCAACAUGGCAGGAGAAAUAUCCAUUUGUGAAGCUGUAUUCUUAUGUGUAGAUGUGUAGUCAACUGAACUGUUGACUUUUCAUAAAAAAUAUAAUCAUUCUACUGUAUGUGCCAAGAGAGAGAGAGAGAGAGAGAGAGAGAGAGAGAGAGAGAGAGA